AUGCUCAGGACUCCGGGUCUGGUUCCCGCGACCUUGGCCGUGGCACUGACCCUCGCUGUUCCUCGGUUUUCCACUCGGGAAAUUGGGGGAAAUUCCUGCCCUUUUGGACAGGAUUGUGGUCAGGUUGUACGACUGUGUGGUAAGGCGCCUGAGCAGGAGCCUGUGCCCAGCUGCGGGAGACUGAGAGGGAGACUGCCUCCUGCUGGCGAUGUAGCUGGAGGAAAACAGGUUGUCUGGUUUGUCCACACUGCUCCAUCCCCAGUGCUUAGAAGCGCACGGAAUUGCAGGUGUGAUUAUUUGAAACAGCGCCUCCUCUCCGACUGAGACAGCUUCCUGUCAGCGGGCCCACGGAAAGCAAGCUGGAAUCUGACAACGGCACAGCCUUUGGAAUAUUACAUGACACUACAUCAUGAGUGACAGUAAAUGCGAUAGUCAGUUUUACAGUGUGCAAGUGGCAGACUCAACUUUCACUGUGCUAAAGCGUUACCAGCAGCUGAAACCAAUUGGCUCUGGAGCCCAAGGAAUUGUCUGUGCUGCUUUUGAUACAGUUCUUGGGAUAAAUGUUGCGGUCAAGAAACUAAGCCGGCCUUUUCAAAAUCAGACGCAUGCAAAGAGAGCUUAUCGGGAACUUGUGCUCCUAAAAUGUGUCAAUCAUAAAAAUAUAAUUAGUUUAUUAAAUGUGUUUACACCACAAAAAACUCUAGAAGAAUUUCAAGAUGUGUAUUUGGUUAUGGAAUUAAUGGACGCUAACUUAUGUCAGGUUAUUCAUAUGGAGCUGGACCAUGAGAGAAUGUCCUACCUUCUGUACCAGAUGCUCUGUGGUAUUAAACACCUUCAUUCAGCUGGUAUCAUUCAUCGAGAUUUGAAACCUAGCAACAUCGUAGUAAAGUCAGACUGCACCCUUAAGAUCCUGGACUUCGGCCUGGCCCGGACGGCGUGCACCAACUUCAUGAUGACCCCCUAUGUGGUGACGCGGUACUACCGGGCGCCCGAGGUCAUCCUGGGCAUGGGCUACAAGGAGAACGUUGACAUCUGGUCAGUGGGUUGCAUCAUGGGCGAGCUGGUGAAAGGUUGUGUGAUAUUCCAAGGCACUGACCAUAUUGAUCAGUGGAAUAAAGUCAUUGAACAGUUAGGAACACCGUCUGCAGAUUUUAUGAAGAAACUUCAGCCAACGGUGAGGAAUUAUGUAGAAAACAGACCAAAGUAUCCAGGAAUCAAAUUUGAAGAACUCUUCCCAGAUUGGAUAUUCCCAUCAGAAUCGGAACGAGACAAAAUUAAAACAAGUCAAGCCAGAGACCUGUUAUCAAAAAUGCUCGUGAUAGACCCUGACAAGCGGAUCUCCGUGGACGAGGCCCUGCGCCACCCGUACAUCACCGUGUGGUACGACCCCGCCGAGGCAGAAGCGCCACCACCUCAAAUUUACGAUGCCCAAUUGGAAGAAAGAGAGCAUGCAAUUGAAGAGUGGAAAGAGCUGAUUUACAAGGAAGUGAUGGACUGGGAAGAAAGAAGCAAGAACGGUGUUGUCAAAGACCAGCCUUCAGAUGCAGCCGUAAGCAGCACCGCCACGCCUUCUCAGUCGUCCUCUAUCAACGACAUUUCAUCCAUGUCCACCGAGCAGACGCUGGCCUCGGACACAGACAGCAGCCUCGAUGCCUCCACGGGACCCCUUGAGGGUUGUCGGUGAUGAGUUAGAAAUGGCAGGCUUGUCGUCAGUGAGGAACUCUCGCCUCCACGGGCCUGAGGUGCCUGGGAGUUGAUGGAACCAAAUAGAAAAAGUCCGUGUUCUGCAUGUAGGAAACACGGCGCCCUGCCCUGCUCAGUCCUAACAGCAUCGCCUGCCUAGGUUAUAAAGUGAAGCAGGGUAUGUCUGAAGAGAUUUUGUUCAAGGUCAUUUCAGGUGAGCAACUAGAAAGGAUGAAUUUUUUUUAAGUUGUAAUAGUCGUGACAGUUUCUCACCCUCAGUAACUGUUGGGACUUACGUGCAUGUGACCACAAAUGCUUGCUCCAACUUGCCAUCUGUCACUUUGGAAAUCAGUAUUUAAAUGCCCAGUAGUCUCCCAGGUAGUGCUGCUUCUAGAAUUAUCUCUUAAUACUCUCGAGUACUUUGCUCUCUGUCCAGAAAAAAAUAGAUUAUGUGUAUUAAUUGGCCACCACCAUAUUAUUGUAUCUCACCUUCUUUUAUGGUAUGAUUUAUUCUAUCUUUUGUAUUUCAGAAGGAAUAUAAUUAAAUCUAUUUAAUAAAUAAAAAAUAGAACUUUUAAAAAA